AAAAAAAAAAACACAAGAGACCACCAAACCAUCCACCACGUCACUCCUCAACGCCCACAGACCAACAAUCCACAACCACAGCAACAAAGAAACCAUGGCCGACGUAGAGAUGGACGUCGACGAGCCCGUCUCGCCGGUCCCCGCCCAGGCAAUGGUCGACGACAUGCAGACCCACGGCAGGGCCACAGCCGUGCGCUCUAUCGAGGGCUGGAUCAUUAUCGUGACCAACGUGCACGAGGAGGCCGACGAGGAGACCAUCCACGACAUGUUUGGCGAGUACGGCGAGAUCAAGAACCUGCACCUGAACCUGGACAGGCGGAGCGGUUACGUCAAGGGCUACGCGUUGAUCGAAUACCCCACCCUCCAGGAGGCCCGCGCCGCCAUCGACGGCGCCCACGACACCAAGCUUCUCGACCAGACCAUCCACGUCGACUUCGCCUUCGUGCGCCCACCCCCCAACAAGGGCGGCGCCGGAAGGUCUGGCGGUGGCGGUGGCGGUGGUGGUGGUGGUGGUGGUGGCGCGCGCGGCGGCGGAAGGCGGCAGCGCAGCCGGAGCAGAAGUCCCGGCGGCGACAGGCGUGACCGUGAGAGGGACGACUAAGGCUGAAGGAGCCAGAUGGAAAAGAGGGAAUAGCGACAGAGUGUGUGAGGGCGAAGGCCCUGUGACCCUCGUUGGGCUGUGCGGCUUGGCCAAUUGGAGAGGCGGAAGAAUCUGGGUCGGAGUAGGGCUCAUAAGGGGCGUGAUUUGUCAAGGGACAAUACUGCAUGCGCGUGUCUAACAUGGGCCUGCGGGCGUUCCUAGACGUUUAAACCCCCCCCCCCCCCCUUCCUUCCGGUCCUUCCGAUUCCUGGCUGUCAUGGCGCCGGUCUCCUGGAGGAAGUUAUGAAGCUACCAGGAGGGAGGUGUGGGAGACCAAUCAAUUGAAACGAAGCCGACGUGUUGUCCAACUUCCGAGAGUGUACAAAAAGAAAAAGCGAAAAGAAAAAGAGGGACGAGACACGUCGGCAUGCACCUCACCGACAUUUACGACUCGCACACGCUGAUGACUGUCUCUUGUCGUUACCACGUCAGUCUCGAAAGACAUGAUGCUGUGGCCAGGUCAGGUGGGCGAGAUUUGUGUCGUCAAAAACAACUGUGAUAUAAACAGACAUGAUUAAAUGAGAGGAUACCUUAUAUUCACACGAGUGCGAUUACUAUAAACCCCGUCGAACAUGUUUCAUGAUCCAUUGUUCUUC